AUGGCGCUGGAAGUUGAGAGCGCGGAGUAAGUUUUUGAAGAUUAUAAAGUUGUUUUUUUCCUUUCUGUGUAGGUUAUUUUACAAAACGUACUCGAUUGUCUUGCUGUAUCUUUCUAGUGUCGUAAGAUUAAUUGAACAAUAUUUGAAAGAGAAUAAUCUGCCAAGAACCUUGGCUGUUUUGCAGGUAAGGUGAUUGGACAUUUGAAAUAAUUGCAUUACUAUAUUAUUAACCAUGCGGGGAAAUUUUACAUUUUGCCGUACUUGAGUAAUCAUUGAAUACACGCCAGUACUUUUACUAGUAAAAUAUUACAAGUAAUGCUAUCAAACACAUCGACACAUCAUGUUCACGUUUUGUAGGCAGGCCGCAGGCAAAUAUUUUUCAUUUUUGCCUGGCUACAGAUUUGUUGUGCUUAAAUUUUAAAGUUGAUUCUUUCGUGCUGGUUCGCAUAUAAACAGCCCCCAGGGUUCGUAGUGGUCUUUGAAAUCCUUGAAAGUCUUUAAAUUUGAAUGCAGGUCUUUGAAAAAUCUUUGAAUUGUGUGAAAAAGCGAAGAAAGUCUUUAAAAGUCUUUUAAAUUCUUUAGUGAGUAUUUGAUUUUACGAUUUCCUAGCUAAUAAAAUAGAUUGAUUGAAGUAAGAUUUUUGCAAAUAUCGACGAAAAGGCGCAUUUUACGAUGUGAUUUGACAGGACUAAUUAUUGGGUAAAAAUCUUGCUUACACUUGCAAUUUUUCGACAGCUGAUUGCUCUCAAAGGUCUUUGAAAAUAGGCAAAUAGGUCUUGGAGACUACGAACCCUGUAAACAGCCCCCUACUUAGGGGGAGCAUCCAUACUCAACUUGCCACGAGAAACGUCAAUUUGACGUUUCUUUUUAUACCCACCCACCCACUCUAGAAACGUCAAACCGUGGCAAGAAAAAAACAAGUGUAAAUACUCAAAAAUACUUGCAUUAACAAACAUAACAAAAUAAAUCUAAAGCCUUGAUUUACCGUCUGGUGAAGUAAGAAAGCUUGUUUUUGUUAGUUGUAUAUUUUCAUUGACUUUGUGUUUUUAAAGUAUGUUAUUACAAAUAGAAUUUUAUAUUAUACAAAAGAAUUUUAUAUAUUUAUACUGUCUUUUAUAAUAUUUAAAAGUGUCAAACUGCCACAGGCAAAACGUCAAAGAAAAUAACCCACACACCCACAAACGUCAAAUUGACGUUUCUCGUGGCAAGUUGAGUAUGGAUGCUCCCCCUUACAUAGUCAUUUGGUGUGACACUUUGUCCGGCAUCAUGUCAGUUUCCUGACUUGAAAGUUUGGAAAUUGUGCGGCCAAGAUUUUUCGAAAAAACUAUGAGUAAAUAUAUAGAAAGCUUCAAAAUAUCUUGCCCAAUAUCUCGGUUACAAGUGUCCUAUACAAACUUCCCACACUGGAUCAGUUUGGUGGUUGGAAAUGAGUACUGACCUCUUGCAUCCCAACGGAGAACACAUUCUUUUGUAUAAUCGGAACUUGCCUGCCAGCAAAAUGUAAACAGGACAUGGGGUCCAGACUGUCCAGUUUUCUAAUCAUUGCAAACUAAUCUUGUGCAGGAAGAAUCUGGUAUAACUCUGAAUACAGUCGACAGUGUUGAGGGAUUUGUGACGGAAAUCAACAACGGCCAUUGGGAUACAGUGCUUCAAGCUGUACAACCUCUGAAAUUACCUGACAAAACUCUUAUUGAGCUUUAUGAACAGGUAGGAAAAACUCAACAUCGGUUUAAAAAUAGGUUUUCAAAAAACAAUUCAACCAAUGUUGGUCUGGGAACAAACCCGAAAAUAAUGAAAAGCAGGGGGAAAAUCGGAAAAAAACCAGUUUGAAACUCGGUAAUAUUGAAAAAAAAUGUUAAUAAUUCCACAUACCGUAAACCUCCGACUAUAAGCCCCCCAAAUAUAAGCCCCCCUGAAUAUAAGCCCACCACAUAUACUAACGCUCACCUCAUUCCAAAUAUAAGCCCCCCUCCCGAAUAUAAGUCCCCCGAAUAUAAGCCCAGUAGCCCACUACGUUAUUCAACAUUGACAGUGUCUUUUAAUAUAGCAGAGAACAAUAUUUAAAAACAUUGUCAUUGUCUUUAUAGCUUACUAUGUUAAUCAAUGCGUGUUAUUAAUACAUGUUUAUUUUCCUGUUUAUGACCGACUUGUUUAUUACUAACACAAAAGAUCGUCCAUGUAUUAGCCCCCCCAUAUAUAAGCCCCCCCCCCUUGCAUAAGGCCAUCAAAAAUCGCCCAGGGCUCAUAGUCGGAGAUUUACAGUAUUUGUGCACAUGCUUGAUUAGUUGAACAGAAGGCAGAUGUCUGUGAAGACAUGUAGAUACAAAAAUAUUUUUUCUGUUUUUUUUUCCCUGAACCAAAUGAAAGUAUUUAAUACCUGAACUUAUUUAACUGAAUGGAAAUUAAUUUCUCUCCCAAAUAAGAGGGCAGAAGGAAAUUAGAUAAUAUUUCAUCUAUUAUUGAGUACAUUUUGUUUUUCCAACCAUGAAAGAACGACACUUGACAGCCUAAUGGCUAAUGUUGCAUGCUUCAUUCAGAUUGUGCUUGAAUUAAUUGAGCUUCGUGAACUUGGUGCUGCCAGAUCAUUACUUCGUCAGACAGAUCCAAUGAUUAUGUUAAAGUCGCAACAACCUGAUAGAUACCUACAUUUGGAAAACUUACUGGCAAGAUCUUAUUUUGAUCCAAGGGAGGUGAGUGGCCAUGAAUGUUAUUGUGGAAUUUAUAGCUACGGAUAGGUGAAUGUGACUACCACAGUUCGCUGCAAGGCCAUUGUCAAGGAACUGGAAAUGUAAAGAUUUAGUUCAUUUAAGUUGUGCUGUUUUUCUCGCAGGCAUACCCUGAGGGAAGUAGUAAAGAACGAAGAAGAGCCGCAAUUGCCCAAGGUAUUGCCUUAGAAAGUUACUAGGAAAUUAAUCCGUAGAAACCGAUAAUCUGCAACUUUCAGGCAGAUCGGUUAUCGGCUAAUCACAUUGACAUAUAUUACCAUGUACCGGCCGUCCAAUAAAUAUAAUUCUGGCUUUUACUUGUGAUAUUUACUCUUCUUUGUCAAGAAAAACUAUGUGGGUUUGUCAAACAGAUUCUCUUUCAUAAAGGAACUGUCAGAUCUACUUACGCUGUUAGUCAUUUACCAGGAUACUUUUCCGAAAUAAAUUGAUUACCACUGUAAAUUGAGUCAAUCUCUUCCUCGACUAUCGUAACGACAUUUCUGUUACUGGCCUGUUAACUUUUGUAAUAUUUUGCUAGCAUUUUGCCCCAAUUUUGAGUGUUGAAAAUUCCUGUUAACAAAUAUCGGUAACCACAGAUAAAUCGGUUUCCUUUACUUCCCAGCUUUAUCCGGUGAGGUGUCGGUGGUUCCACCAUCUCGCUUGCUAGCUCUGCUUGGUCAGGCAUUGAAAUGA